UCUUAUGUUUACCCUAGCUCGUGUAAAGCCGCCCAGAUUCCAAUGCUCAGCCGACUCACGCCGGCCAAACCAGGCAGCGCCUGCCCGGGAAGCAGUGUUUAGAGACCGACAUCACCGCCGGCUCGACUCAGGGACGAUUCAGAGGGGUGGCAAAAGAGGAUGGUUGGUCUGGAGGGUUCUGCAUUAGAUGAAGAAAGGGUGGACUGCCAUGGGUUGAGUGAUACUGGAGGACUUUCUUGUGUGGGUGGUGUAUCGUUGCUCGCACCGGGAACUGCCUUCUCUACUAAUUUUAGUAUUCUUCAGGAGCUCCGCACAGAAAAGUUAUUUCGAGAAUAUUUGGAGUACCGUGAGGAUCCAUUCAAGUGGGUGGCAGAAGAACUGGUUGUAGCAUGCAAUUCACCUGUUGAUUUGUUUCUCCAGACUGUGCCUGAUGAGAGGCUUUUUCAAGAGCACCUUUUCAAUUUUGUGUCGUUACGUGAACAGUAUUCUGCGGUUGUUGAUGAUGCUGAUGGAAGUAAAGAAAGUUUGGCUGAUGAUGGAUCACCACGUUUCGCGACUGAGGCUGAGAUCAAACUCAUCCACCGUAAGAAUCACAAAGAUUCUCUUAUGAAAAGAUUGCAUGGUGUUCGAAGAUAUUAUGCAUACUGCAAAGCCCUUCUGCAACUUGAUUUUAUCAAGUGGAAUAGUAACCCUAAAGAAGUUUUAAAACGGAUCAAAGAGUCAACUAGAUGGUCUGAUGUGCUGAAUGAUUAUGAGCUACAACGUGGUUUAGAGUUUGAUAAGGUAGCUUUGGAGGAAGACAUCAACUCUCGUAUGAGUUCAGAAUUAGAGAAGCAUCUACAAUUCCCUGAGCAGUUGCUCAUGCGAGAAUAUUUCAAUCGUGUGAAAAUAAGGAACCUUGCCAGGGAGGCUGGAGUCAUUCUUGUCGAAGAGUUUCUACCCGUACGAAAUUUGGAAGAACAGAUAUUACCCAAAAGUUUGCCCCAGAAUUUUGGACAACAGCUGUUACCCAGAAAUUUGCCCCAGAUGAAAAAGAGAGUUAAGCAGUCACUUGACUCAACCAGGGCUUACCUGCAUCGACAGGGCGCUACUCGUGCUAGGGGUUUGAAGUAUGUGGUUGGUGCAGUUUCUCUUGCUUGUAUCAUCAUGGCUGGCCAACGCGAGAGUAAUUAAGACUGUCAACUGCAUCCAUGGUUGGCCUUUGCCCGCGAAAAAAAA